AUGGCCUACUCGAUGCGAGACUCUAGUGAUCAUUCACCCGUAGGACAUGAUGGAGAGUCGGUUUUUUCAAAAGGCUCUUCUAGUAGAUCAAAAACUAGUAAUACAACCCUCACUCGGGGUAGUAGUAUUGUUGGAAAAUUAGAAGAUACAUUAUUCUUCUUUCUAGUUUCUAUAAAAUUGCCAAAAGCAUUACCAAAUUGGCUUUUCAUAUUAUUGAAUAUAGUAUUGGUCGAGCAAUCAAUAGCUCUAGGUUGGGAGUCUGAAUUUAAUUGGGGUGAGUCUGCAAAAUUAGGUGUUAGGAUUAUUGCAGUUCCAAGAACAUUAGGUGCCAGUUGGUAUCCUUAUGAGCUCUUUCUUGCCGUUGCUGUAAUACUUGCUGUGUUAGAGUUGAUAGCUCUGGUUGCAAUCUACUAUGCUUAUAAAGCUCUUCAUAGAGGAAGUAAGCAUUCAUCAAAAAUCAAGAAUACAAUUAGAGCUAUAUGCAUGUUCUUUGGAGUGUUCGGACUUGGAUUUGUAUUUUGCUUGACCGCUUUUUGGGCUUGUGAUUAUUCUAAACAAGGUCUAGUAGUGGAUGGAGUUGCUCAAUAUGCUCUAAGAAGAAUUGUGAAUUCGAUUUUUGGUGGGUUGUACUUAUCUAAAGCAGGUGCUGCAAUAUCCAGCAUACUGGCCAUUGUAGCGAAUGAUCCUAUAGUUAUGAGAUAUGUCAGAAGAAGAUUAACUGAUUUCAAGAACGAGAAUAUCACCGUUCAAACUAGUGUUAAUGAAUUAGUCAAUCCAAAAUUUUUAAACUUAUAUUUGAAAUUCUCUAUCAAAACUAAAGAAGAUGAGUUAAUAACCAACUUGAUAAAGGUUGCUACAAAUCAAAGAUUAGAAUUAGAUACCUACACUCUGAUAAUUUCAUCUUUAUAUAUAUUUAAGAAAAUGAUGGGAGAUCAAUAUUCACCAAGCUUUUGCCUUCACCUACUUGCAAAGGCAGGUAAAAAGAACUCUAAUCUUGUAUUACGUUACCUUGUUUACCAAAGAACUAAGGAAAUAGAGGCUUCAAUUUCAACAGGAAAAAAUUCUUUAGAACUUAGACACAUUCUUGACACUGUGGAGAAACAACAGGAAAGAUUAAGACAAUAUCAAAAGCUAUUCUGGAAACACUUUGUGUCUAAUGAGGAAAACUCGGAAAAGGUAUAUAGUUUGGUUAAAAUGAUGCACACAUACAUGGAAAAUUCAAGUACAACGUUCAAUAACUUACUUGUUAAUUUCCAUAAUAACGCCCAAGUAUUGAGAAGCUAUGCAAAGUUUUUAGAAGAAUUCCUUUUUGAAGCUGAAUUGGCAGAUGAAUUUUAUGCUGAAGCAAACAUUUUGGAGGAUGAACAAUCAAAGAAACGAAGAUUUUCCUCUGACUCAAAGUCAGAAUUUAAGAAACGUAAUUUACCAGGCAACAAGGUGUUACCUGUCAAUUAUGUAGAUGAUGGUCCAAAUUACUUAGAACCAAAACAAGAUGAGAACGAUAUGGAAAAUUUGGAAUCAGCUAGUCAAUAUGGAGAUUACAAAAAAGACAAACAAACUAUAUACAGGUCAGCCAUCAACAAGCCAAACGAAAGCAAAAAGAAAUUUAUUUUCCUUCAAUCAUUGGGAUUUAUAUCAAUUGCUAUUAUUGCAAUUGUUUUAGGGUUGAAUCUGGGACUUGCAGAUGAUAGCGACCGUAUUACUACUGUAAAUCAAUUUUGCCAAGUGUCUCCUGUUCCCUACUUAAUUCUUUCAGGUAUUAGGUACAUUCAGAUAUUAUCUCCAACCAACACUACCAAUAGAUUUAAAUCAGAAUGGGCAAACCACAAGGCAAGAGUUAAGAGCAUAGUGACAAUUACACAAAAGGUUAAAGAUAUUAUGAACGAACAAAGAUUUGAGGUAGAGAGUAUGAAGCAGUUUGUUUAUGCAGACAAAAUAGUUCUUGUUCCAGUACUACAAACAGGAUCUGUAUCCAGUCUUAUAUCAACCCCUAAAAAUACUUCCUUAUCUGAUAUUACAAAUGAGCUCCACACUAUUGCUACAAAGCUAUAUGCUUGGAAACUUGAUGAUUACAUGAAUAUUUAUGAAAAUUAUGAGUUCUUGUAUAUAUGGCUAAACAGAAUAGCCAUUACUGGUGGUCUGGAAAGUUUUUGUGGCACUUUGAUCGCAAGAAGUGACACUUUUCUUAAUCAGGAAAAGAAUGUUUUCAUUUUUACCCUUGUUGGUGUGUUUGUGGUAUACGUGCUAUUCAUUAUUGUCUACACAAUUUUCUCUUAUAUUCACUUACUUCAUAUGGAAAAAUUAACAAAGCUUUUUGCAAAGCUUCCUAAGGAUAUUGUGGGUACAGUAUUUCACCAUUUGGAACAAAAAUCCGAGGAUAAGAUUGUGAAAAUCCAAAAAUCUAUUUUCACUCCUAAGAGAAUAAUUUCAGCACUCAUUAUUGCUAUUUUCCUCUUCACUGCUAUUGCAAGUGCUUUACUCCUUUAUGAGUGCUUGGACAUGAUGCAGACUUCAUUCAACACUAUGUUAAAGGUAGAGCAUGGUACAAAGGUAUUACAAAUUUCACAAAGAGCUAAAUUUAAACUUGGAGAACUUUUAUUAGGUGACUCUUCAAUAUUACAAACUAGCAUGAAAUCAUUCCACGAUGAAAUAAUUCAACAUUCACAACAGAUGAUGGAAGCCUGGUUAGAUUAUCGUUACGGUACAAUUGAGAAUGGAUUUUCUGGCAUAACAGGAGUUUCUUCUUUAGAUAUCAAGAUUUUGAGCCAAAACUGCACUGCAGAAAACUACACUUGUUAUGGAUUGGAUCAACUCAUGGAUGCAUAUACUUUAUCAGCAGAUAGAUUCAAUGAGGAUGCAUACAGACAUACAUAUAUUAAUAGUGUUUUGGUAGAAAGAUUUAUUGGAAUUUUUGCCAUUUCCAGUGAAUUCACUUCCAAAAUGUAUUCUGUACUUACUGGAUAUGUAGACACUUACAAAUCACCUACUAGAAUUAUCAGUCCAGCAAUAACAAGCGUUUCUGUUGCAAUAUUACUUAUAUUGACUUACACAAAGUAUUUACAAGUCAAAAGAUUCGAUAAUGAAAACCACCAAUUAAGAAGGAUGUUUAAUUUCAUUCAAUAUGAUGUUUUGGAGCAAUUCGAGGAGAUUAGGAACUAUAUUUUAUACUUUACAUUUUCUGAUGGUAAGAAGGCUGCAAAAGGAGAGAAAUUUUCAAAGACAAAAGCUAUUUUGGAUGCUGCUGUUGAUGGAGCUGUUGUGUUGAAUAGCAAAACAGGGUUUGUUGAUAUUAUCAAUCCAAGUGCUUUGAAUAUGUUGGGUUAUAAGGCUGAUGAAAUAUUAGGAAAGCCACCAUCUCUUUUAUUUACAGAUGCAAGCUCUAAUAAGAUAAGAGAUACAGUAACAUCGAUGGGUAAUGCCAUAAGAAGUUAUGGAGAGUCUUUUGAGGUGGAAGCUAAAAGAAAGAAUGGAACAACAUUCCCUGCUCAAGUAUCCAUGAGUGUCUCAUCAUUUGAAAAGAGUAACCUAAUCAGUUUGUUUAUCAAAGAUAUCACUUCAGAGAAGAAACAUAAUAUGUUAAUUGAAGAAGAAAAGAAGAAGAGUGAUUCUUUACUUUUGAAUAUUCUUCCUGAGCAAGUAGCUGCAAGAUUAAAAGCUGGUGAAACCUACAUUUCAGAAAAAAUUGAUGAUACCACUUGCUUAUUUAGUGAUAUGGUUAACUUUACCAAAAUGUCAUCAGGCAUGUCAGCUAUUGAUUUGAUUCAAAUGUUGAAUGCUAUUAUUAACGGAUUCGAUAGAGGUAUUAGCAAAUUUGGACUCGAAAAAAUUAAAACAAUUGGUGAUGCUUACUUUUGUGUUGGAGGUUUACAUCUUCAACAAUCAGACCAUCCAGAAAAAGUAUUAAGAUUUGCUAUGGAGAUGUAUUCUGUUAUUUAUGCGUAUAAUCUAGAAAAGAAAACAACUUUAAAUAUUAGAAUUGGGUUACACACAGGAAGUGUAAUUGCUGGUUGUAUUGGUACAUUGAAAUUUGCUUAUGAUUUGUGGGGUGAAAAUGUUACUCUUGCAUCUAAAAUGGAAUCAACUGGUAUUCCAGGUAAAAUCCAAGUAACCAGACAAACCUACGAAAGAGUCUAUGAUAUCUUUGAAUUCGAUGAGAGAAAAGGUGUUGAAAUCAAAGGUAAAGGACAAAUUACUACCUACAUUCUCAAAGAGAAACAUUACCAACAUCCUAUUCCAAACGAAACGGACAUCUCUUUAGAAGAAAUGUCUAAGAGUAUGAAACGAGAUAUUGAUAAGUAUGAUAUUGUUAUUCCAAUAGGAGACGAUAACAUGAAGCAAAACCAACAACCAAUACCUAUUAUUGAAACUCACAAUGUUGAUGCUGAACUUGAAGCUGAGAAAUUUAUUAAGAAUUAA